AUGCUGCUCCACCCCUCCGUCCUCCUCUUUUUCGAGCUCGUCGACUUUCGACCGCCCGCGGGGUGGACGCGCCUUGCGUGGGGCUUCCUGCGCCAAAAGCCGCUGGCGCCGGCGCCCACUGUGGAGGGAGGCGGACGCGCGGCCAGCGCCGCGCCCUAUGCGCUCCGCAACACGCCGCUGCGCGUGCGUCUCUUUCGCUGGCAGCAGGGCGUGCGCGGUCCAGCCGAGGGCUGCGAGGUGUGGAAACAACUCAGCGCCCAGGCGACAGCCCGACAGUACUCGUCGACGCUCCACAUCUCGCUGCGCGCGGCGGAGCCGCCAAAGCCGCUCGCCGUGCAGUAUCCCUUCCGCCCGAUGGCGGCACACCAUCUCGAGCAGGCGCGCCAUCCUGCUGCUCAGACGGCAGUCGCCCUCACCCCCACCCGAUCGCUCGAGCCGCCUGCGAUCAUCCCUUCCCCCACGCCACAGGGCCGCCUGACCGCCGACGAGCUCCGCCGACACGCAGCGCUUCGCUACACCGGCUCCGCCGUCAGCCAUGCCGACGAUGGCAGCGGACUAGCGGCCCUCCGACGUUUUGGCCGCGAGCCGGAUGCGCCGUGCAAAGUGCCCAACACUCAGGCGCACGCGCACCACAAGCUCAUCUACGGCCUCGACUGGGGGCCUGCCGCCGAGGAAGACAGCUCGGCCGGCACGCCCGCCACCGACGGCGCGGCAACAGUUGGCGCCCGGCUGAUGUCUGUCUCGGGAGACGGCACGGCGAAGGUGUGGCUGCUCACGAGCCAGGAUGGGGAGUCAGCGGGCGGGCUGGCUCUGGAGGCGACGCUGCACCACCCAACCUUUGUCUACUCGGGCCGCUUUCAGCCCCACGCCACCGCUGCCACGGGACCCGCGCGCCGCGGCGGCGGACGGCGCGAGGCUGGGGGCGGGGGCGGGCCGAGAGCGGUGCUCUUGCUCACCGGAGCGGCAGACGGGGGUAUCCGGCUGUGGGAUGGCCGCACUGGCGUGCUGGUCGGGUCGGCGGUGGGGCACGGCUCGCGCGUCAACGCGGUCGUAUGGUCGGCUGACGGCGGCGGCUGCUACUCUGCCGACGCGCUCGGCGCCAUCAAGUUUUGGGAGGCGGAUUGGCGUGGCGCCGGCGGUGGUGGCGGGCUCAAAUGCAUCCAGACACUCAAGAAGGAGGGCGGCGCGGCGGUCGACUCGCUGAGCCUGCACCCAUCCAAGCGGCGGCUGCUGGUGCAGCUGCGCAGCGGCGCGCUCAUCGGGCUCGACACACGCACAUACCACUUUUCGACGCGCUACGUCGGGCACAGCACCGGCGAGUAUCACGUGCGGGCCGGCUAUUCGCCCGACGGGCGGCUGGUCUUUAGCGGCGACGCGAAGGGAGGGCUCCACGUGUGGGUCGAGGAGACGGGCGCUGUGCUGCUCGAAGGCCGGGCCAUCGGCCUGCUGGGCCCCCUCCUGCAGGUGGCUUGGAGCCCCGUCGAGCACCUGGUGGCCUGCGCCGCCUUUGGGCCCGGCAACGCGUUGAUCACGCUCGCGCACGACUCGCGGCGGGAGAACUCGUCUGGCUGA